AUGUCGAAGACCAGAUAUUAUUUGGAGCAAUGUAUUCCCGAAAUGGAUGAUCUGGUGGAAAAGGGACUUUUCACCAAGAAUGAGGUUUCCUUAAUCAUGAAAAAAAGAACCGAUUUUGAACAUAGGCUAAACUCUAGAGGUUCCAGUAUUAACGAUUACGUAAAAUACAUUGAUUAUGAAACCAACGUCAACAAGCUACGUGCCAAGAGAUGUAAAAGAAUCUUACAGGCUAAAAAGACUAACAGUCUAUCUGACUGGUCCAUUCAACAAAGAAUAGGUUUUAUUUAUCAAAGAGGAACGAACAAAUUUCCACAAGAUUUGAAGUUCUGGGCCAUGUAUUUGAACUACAUGAAGGCUAGAGGUAACCAAACAUCAUAUAAGAAGAUUCACAACAUUUAUAACCAGUUAUUGAAAUUACAUCCAACAAAUGUGGAUAUAUGGAUUAGUUGUGCCAAGUACGAGUACGAAGUUCACGCUAAUUUCAAGAGUUGUAGAAACAUCUUCCAGAACGGUUUGAAGUUUAAUCCUGAUAUACCUAAGCUAUGGUACGAAUAUAUAAAGUUCGAAUUGAAUUUCAUCACUAAGUUGAUUAACAGAAGAAAAGUGAUGGGUUUGAUCAAUGAAAGAGAACAAGAACUAGAUAUGCUAAACGAACAGAAGAAUACUGAGACCAAUGAUGAAGAGAAAUCUCACGUGCAAGUUCCAUCAACAGGCGAUUCUAUGAAGGAUAAAUUGAAUGAACUGCCCGAAGCAGAUAUAAACGUGUUAGGUAAUGCAGAGACUAACCCAGCGCUACGUGGAGAUAUUGCAUUGACUAUUUUUGACGUGUGUAUGAAAACUUUAGGUAAACAUUACAUUAACAAGCAUAAGGGCUAUUAUGCCAUUUCAGACUCUAAGAUGAAUUCUGAAUUGAACAAAGAAGCGUUGAAUUACUUGUUUAAUCAAUCAAUAAAAUAUAUCCAAUUAUUUGAUGAAUUCCCAGAUUUAGAAAGAGAUUAUCUUAUCAAUCACAUUUUGCAAUUUUGGAAAAACGAUAUGUACGAUCUUUCGCUCCGUAAGGAUUUACCCGAGUUGUAUUUAAAAACAGUACUGAUUGACACCACGUUAAAUAUCAGAUACAUGCCAGUUCAAGAGCUUGAUAUUGACCAAUUGCAGUUGUCCGUUAAAAAACACUUUGCAUACGUAUCGAAAUUGGAUAAUUCGCUAAUCAAAUCAUUAAAGAGCGAGUACUCUACUUAUUUACAAGACAACUACUUGAAAAAGAUGAAUGCGGAAGACGAUCCUCGAUACAAAAUCCUAGACCUGAUUGUCAAAAAACUUUAA